CGAUGCCUCCACCAACAAUGGCCACAUCGUAUGAGCUGAAAAGAUAAACAAGCCGCAGCGUCACUGAAAACCGAGCCGGAGCUGUCCGGAAAGCACAAACAAAUCGCGCGGUCAUAAGAGCUGCCCAUGCUCCCCGCGUGUAAAACCAGGGCGAAACUAUGACGACGCUGUUAACGACGGCCCACAGCGUGAGCGCCUUAUGGAAAGCUCCGCCACUAGGAGGCAGCAGACAAUUCUGGGGAUGGCUCAAUGCUGUGUUCAACAAGGUGGACUAUGAACGGAUAAAAACGGUGGGCCCAGACCGUGCAGCCUCUGAGUGGCUGCUGCGCUGUGGGGCCAAGGUGCGGUACGAGGGCUUUGAUCGCUGGCAGCAGGACUACAACGGGCUUCCCACCGGUCCCUUAGGAAGGUACAAGAUCCAAGCCAUCGACGCCACGGAGUCUUGUAUCAUGUACCGGGGGUUUGACCACUUGGAUGGUCUGAAACAUUUAGAAGAGAUAAAGUUCAACAGGUGCAUGUACAUAGAGGACACAUGCAUGGAGAGGCUGAGCCAGAUCGAGAACCUACAGGCCAGUCUGCGUAGGGUGGAACUGGUGUCCUGUGGCAACGUGACAGACAAGGGAAUCAUUUUUCUCCACCAUUUUAGGAAUCUGGAGCACCUGUUUCUCAGCGACCUGCCGGGAAUAAAGGAGAAGGAGAAAACGGUGGAGAGACUGCAGACAGCCCUGCCAAAGCUGGCCAUUGAGCUAGACCUGCCAUGACUGGGUCACUCGUCAAGACUUGACAAGGUGGCCUCCGUGGCAACGAGAGCAUUCGGACCGAAGUAACUGUUGUGCUCUCACAUAAAGAAUUUAAUGUAUGUGUGCAUGGAGCUCAGGAAAAUUAGUUUUUCCUACAACAACUGGGUUACCUGGGGUUCAGAAAUUCUAUAAGCUGAGGACAGCAACAUUUGGAAGACGCAUACAAAACACUCCAAAAACAAUUUCCUCUUACCGGCACUUUAUUCGAACAAUUUCCAAAAAAAACAAAAAAAAAAACUGACCGACUUGCCUCCCCUACCAUUUAUUUUCCAGCAUUCUAGGUAUUAAAUAUUACUCCAUAGAAAAGUACAACAAAAUACAGACACACUAUGUUUGCUUUAUAUACACUUGUGCACACAAAGACAGUGGAGAUUUUCAGUGGUUCAUUGGUUAAGUUUUCAAAUUAUUAUUUUUUUGUAAUAAUUUGGCAUUUGGUAUAAGUCAAAGAGGGAGAUGGAAUGACCACAAGCACCAGUCUCCAGGAAAUAAGAUGUGAUGAUGUAUAUAUGGUAAUUCUAUAACAUUGCUUCUGUUGUUAUUGUUAACAUUGUACUGCUGCCAUCUUUCAUUUGAAAUUCUUUUUCUGGUGUCAAAACAGUUGUUUUUUUUUGCACGCCGAGUAACAGUAUGGUGGCUUACAAUAAAAUUUGGGGAAAACAA